GCUGCGUUGAUGAUCAGCUGAAGGUGAAAGGUGAACGUCUUGGAAUGACCUGCCGGUGGGGAGUCGUGUACGUUGCAACACCAGGAAGCCGUUAUAAAAACUGAGAAAACACCCCUGUCAUCAUGGAGUACCCAUCCCCCGGGGACCAGUUCGGGGAUCGGGACAGCGGGGAAGGUGUCUGGAGGCCCAUGGUGGCCAUGGACAGGAACUAUCGUCAGCAGGCGGCCUUCGACGACUCGGAUCCGUACGGUUUGGAAAUGGCACAGCAAUACGAGGACGAUCGUCCACCCGCUUAUAAUCCCGAAGUGAUCGAUCUAACGGACUCUCCCGAGCGGCAAAGCCCCGCCAGGCCCCCCAGGCCGCCCAGACCCACGGUACCCCCUCGCCCGGGUCUCUUCCCUGCUCACACAGGCGUCUCCACAACCCAAGACGUCGUGACGGACUUAAGACCCGAGGAAGUCAGGUGGUUCUACGAGAUCGAGGAACCCGGGAAGAAGCCUCAGUGGGAACCUUUCAUCGGCUACGACUCCUUAAGGAUCGAGACUAAGUAUCGCCAGGUGCACUUCUACCAGGGGAACACGCCCCCGGAGGAGAAGGUGGACCUGAUCGUGGUGCGGGGAGGGGUUCACGAGGUGUGUGUGGCCACCAAACACUGCUACCCCAUCUACUGGUCAGGUAAGCCCAUCAAGGUUCUGCGAGGCCAGUGGUUCCAUGACGGGACGUGGCAGCCGGUAGAGGAGGAUGUCGCUGUGCAGCUGGAGACAGAACACCUGGGCAAGUGGAGAGGACAGAGGGUUCCGCUACACAGCAGCCCCACCAAACAACAAACUGUGCUGAAUGUGAGGUUCCGUGACAGCCAUGUGGAUUGGUACAGCCCUUCCGAGGUCUUUCUCUUUAGUGAUAGCAAGACUUCCCGUGGCAUCCGUUUUGUUGGAAAGAAGCUUGGCAUUUCCAAAGCCACUGCUAGUGGCACCAAGCUGCAUCGUGGCUACAGAUACGAGGCCAAAAUGGACGACAAACCGGCAGACAUCACACACCUGGUACUGGUCAUCCAUGGCAUUGGGCAGAAAAUGGACACAGGCAGGAUCAUCAAAUGUGUAGCUGACCUCAGACAGGCAGCCAGUAAGAUCCAGGAAAGCCACUUCCCCCACCUGCCUGAUGACCAGCGGGUGGAGUUCCUCCCUGUGGAAUGGAGGUCAGGACUGACACUGGAUGGAGGUAUUGUGGAGAGCAUCACACCAGACAAGAUCCGUGGGUUACGGGAGGUCCUGAAUGCCAGUGCCAUGGAUAUCAUGUACUACAUGAGCCCUCUCUACAGGAACGAGGUCAGACAUUGUCCUGUAUCUGUAGCAACCUGUCAGUAG